AGUUGGUCGCAUUCCUGAGCAACGCAGCUCUCGGACAGAUCCGGCUUGGACUGGAGUUCGUCGGUAUGCGGCUCACCUCGGUGACCUAGUUCCUCCUUGCCUGCUAGGACCAUGUCACCGGCGAAAGAAGACGAACCGCGCUUGGCCGACCCAGUGACACCACGACGGACCUCGGCCGCCAAACAUGGCAAUGCGACAACCCCGGCGAGUAGACGGGCCUCUGCCCAGGCGCGCGCAACUCCGAAGAGCGCGCCCGCUGCGACUGGCCAAAACCCAUCCCACAGGAAGAAGCCCGAACCGACCUUGCUAGGGGACUUCUUUCUUGGCCGUCCCUCUCCGGCGCGGGUGGCGGCUCAGCGAGAGGCUAUGCGGCACCGGCGGAAGAGCAUGGCGGCCGAUGCUGCGAACGUGCGGGAGGAGCUGCGCCAGGAAAUGCGGGCAGCGGCUGUGCGAAGGCUUCAGCAGCCCGGCGGCGUGACAGAGCGAGUCAAGGCAUGGCAGAAGGCGAACGCGGCCGCAAUGAAGCAGCAGGGCGGCGGCGUGCCGCACGCUGAGGAUGCGGCGAGUGAACCAACCGAGGUUGCCGUUCAUGUUCCCGCUGAGAGUGUGACAGAGGAAGACCGGGUGCGCAUCAAGAUGCGACAGAAGCCGAAGAAAAAGAAGGUCAAGGCGGAGCGCUCGGAGGAAAAAGAGAACCUGGGCGAUGGGGACGGGGAGGAGACGGAGCGGGAGCAGCUGGCUGGCCGCGAUUCCGGAGUGGCUUCCAAGGCGCCGCCGUUGGUCAAAAACGCGCCCAAGAAGAGGAUCGUUAGUGACGACAAUUGGAUGAAGCGCAGGAAAGGGGGAAGCCCACCGCGAGCCGCCCCGCCGAAACCAAAAGCCGAGGGAAGCCCGAUGCCGCUACCAAAGGACUUCCUGCAACGAACGGCGCAGAAUCCCUCGGUGCAAAGCAAGAUCAAGGACUGGGCUGAGAGAGUGGAACUUCCUGACCCGCAACCACCCCGAGUCAAAAGGUCCCGCCACAGAAACUCAGGCGCAACGGUGACUGUCGAGGCAGACGCUCCGAGUAUGCCGGCAUCUGAGCCCGACACACCGGCCCCGCCGCCGCCGCCGGCUGUCGACGGCAUCCGAGUCAAGCCCAUGAAGCCAAGCAAAUCAAAGUCUGAUACCGACGACGGCAUUCGGGUGACUCCCUUGCGAAAGAAAGAGCCACCAGAUGAUGGAAUCCGAGUGCGGCCCGUUGAGGCAAAACUCCCAGAUGAUGGCAUCCGAGUCCGGCCGAUCGACGAUCCGUUACUGGAUGAUGAUGUUCGAGAGCAUUCUGCUGGGCAGACGCCCACUGAAGACCUCUCCAUCCAUCCUCAGCCGUCCAGGCUGACAUCCCCGGAGAGGAACACCGGAGCUCCAAGCAGGAGACGGGAGCGUUCUCCGGAUGACGUGAUUGAGGUCAUGGAAGAAGCCGAGACCGAAAUCGAGACUCCUACUAAGAGAAAAGCGUCUCGGCGGCGGAUGAGGCAGCGGAACCGUAGCCCAAGUCCAAUCUUGCGUACGGUCGAACCGGCAGGGGAUCAGCAUUCAGAGUCUGAGACAGCGCGCCACAUCCCUCCCAGAGACGGCUCCGACGACAAUUCUGAGAUAAUAGCCCCGACUGUUUUGGGGAACAAGUCACUGGCGGAUAUUCCGUUUGGAUAUUCGGCCUUUAGUGAACUCGAUUUGCCAUUGGGAGCCGAUGGGCGAACUACCACCAAGAAGCCAAAAGCUCAACGGAACCCAAGCUUUAAGGCGGUGCCAAAGGUGUUUAAGAAAGUUGUGACGGGCGCCAAGGACAUCAUUCAAGAGAUGGCUGAGCCUCCGAGGCCUGUCGUGGCAAAUCAACCGCAGAGCAUUGAGUCGUGGCUCAACGGUACGGUGGACCCGUUCGUGGAGCUGGCGCCAAAGGAACCGGCCGUCAAAGAACCAAAGCCCGAGGAACCGGCGCCGAAAGCCCAGGUAAACACCAGGGAGUUGACUCCGGAAGCGCCGAAAUUGGCAUCGGAUAUCAAAAAGCAGCCAUCACCGAGGCCGCCGUCUCCGGGCCAGCGAAAAGAGACACCCGUCUCCUCGGCGCCCAAAAAACCCGAGCCGGCAAAGGAGCCCGACUCGCAACGAGAAGAGAGCGACACGACUCCUAGAAAGGCAAAGUCUCCGGUUACUCAAUCGACGGCACUGAAAAGGAGACGGGCAACUAGGGUCGCCCCCUCCUCGGCCAAGUCUGGUGGUAGGAAGCCAUUUCGAGAGCUGCUGAAGGAAGCUUUCCGUGGAGAGUCUGGGGGGCACAAGCUUCCACCAACCGUGUACCCUAGCUGCGAAACCGACGACGACAAGGGGAGCUACUCUGGAGAGGACAAUUGGGAGUCCGCAGACGAGAGAGACCGCUCCAACGACCCAGGCAAGAGGCCUGCCUCAUCCGACUACUCUUCCGCGUACUUCUCGUCCACUUACGAUUCCACCCUCUCCUCCGACCUGUCAAGCCAAUCUCCUCCGCGAAGAAGACCGCCAACCAACGGCGUUCAUGAGCUGUCGACCAUCGUGUCUGAAGAACCCUUCAGCACGACCGGCUCAGAGACGCGCUCUGAUGUCUCUCAAACAACCGUCACCCAGACGACGGCUUUCACCAAGUCGACCGGGGUCACUAGACAAGAGAGUCGAAAGCCGAGCCUCAAGCGCCGCCUCACCAAGCACUCCGAUCUGGUAUCUGUUCUCUCCCUGCCAGACAACGGCCAGUUGGUCCCACCGAGCAGGUCGAAGAGUAUCAAGUCCUCGCGGAGCAUUCACCGUCGGCCCAGCAGAGCGAGCAAGAGCAAUCUCGACAAAUUACUCGACGAAUUCGCCGACGAUGAGCAUUUCUAUGGGAGGGAAUUGAAGACGCUGGUUGACGGCGUGAUUCCGGUGUUGUUGAGGGAUGUGACGAAUGGCGAGGCCAAGGUUCCACAGGCGGACGCAAUGGCGAAAUCCGUCGUGAACAUGGGUAUGGCCCUCGAGAAGCUAAAAGCCUUCCAUCAGCGGGUGCCGCUCGCGGAUAUUGACGCCCUUUUCCUUUGGCUUGAGGAUGUCUCGCCAAUCUAUGACAACUACCUGGACGUCUGGCGGCUCGGUUUCCAGGGGUUGGUUAUCAACCUUGCGCCAAAACAUGGGAGGUUCGACGACAACGACUCGCUCCUGAAUGCGGUUUCGUUAAAUGAGGAUGGUGAUGUUAUUGGGGAGAACGGCGAGCGGGUGGAUGUUGCAUUCCUCCUCAAGCGGCCCUUGAUCAGGGUCAAGUGGAUGGUCAAGUUCCUCAAGGCUGCUGCGGCAGUCACUGCAACUCCCGAGGCUGAGCGUUUGCUCUCAGUCUUCGCGGCCCUCCAGGAAAAGGCUCGUAGACGGCAUCGGGAAGAAACAGCUCGGAUGAUGGACGAAGAUGCGAAUAACACGGACACUACCCGUUGCCGAGACCUGAGGAAUCUUCUGCCGCUUGGCGGCGUCAUGAUGAACCGAACACGCCAGGUCGCCGCCCUCGACGUUUUCUCCCUUGACUUAGACCACUCAAGUGGUCAGAGGCUGGAGUGCCAGGUCGAGAUGAUCUUCAGGGAUAACCCAGCGGUCCCUAGUGACAAGGGAGACAUCCUCAUCCGAGAGAUCAGUAACAACGCGCGGUCAUGGCUCCUGUUCCCACCUGUGCCCAGACAGAACAUCUCCGCCCGACUCGGUGAUGACAAAUACAGCCUGGUCGCCAUGAUACGAGGCACCCAUAAUGGGAACGAAUGGUUCGAGCUGCUCAAGCUCUCUACGAAUGAUGAGGAACAGGUCGAGUACUGGUUGCGGGUUUUGGGAAGCCAUCCAUUACCACCAGCGGCUCGAAUUAGGUCCAGUGGUGUGGUGCAAGAAGCAUCAUCACCUAAAUCUGGCUCGACGGAUGUUCCGGUGGGUGAGCGCAGACACAGCAUGUCUGCUCUGGAGUUCUCAGACAGCGAGAGACCCAACACAUCAUCCCGGCAUCGCACGCAGCAGGACGACGGCGCUGCCCCCCAGGCUUCCUCAGCCGACACGUCCCCCGCCAGGACGCCUACUAGGGAGAACUACCCGCAAAACAGCGCUGAGGACGAUCGACGACGACCUUCGUGGGAGACUCCAUUCAAUACUUCUCCGAAGAUUGUGCGGCCGCUGCCCAAUACAACGCCGUAUCGUGAGGACGGCGCUCCUCCGCCGCCCAUCCACCGCACCUUUGGCCCGAAGAGCCCCGGCUUGCUCUCUCCUCCGGUAGAAAUCGGUCCCCAGGCUCGAUUGAAACGUCGGAUGUCUUCGCCGCUGAAGCACGAAUAUCAUCCGUCCGACGUGUCCUCCGAGAGCUCGAGCUCUGUGAGCGAUGACGAUUCCGAGUCUUCCCAGUCUUCCAGCGAUGACUUGGACGAGGAUGAAGUGCCGGACACCAUCCCGGGAUACAGCAUCAAGGAGACCGACGCGGCCCCGGUUGAGUCGGUCGUCUCGGAAAACAGCAUCACUCCAUCCAACUCGGCUUCUCAAGUGGCUGUUGCCCAUGAAAACAACGCAAAGCCGGAGAGGCCGAUGCAACAAUUUGUCGCUUCGGUCUCGUACUGGUCCAGCAGGAAGGGUAUGUGGAGGGAUAUCAACAACGGCAAAUCCGCUUCAGUCGUGGUCCGUCCCGGCUGCAUGGAAGUGCACUAUCUCGACGAGCAGUAUUCCAAUCGGCAAGCGUACCCGCUGCAGUCGUCGGGCACAUCCGAGGUUGACAAUAGUAACAAGGAUGCUGGGAGCGUUGUACCCCUUGUUGUUCUGGUUCUGACGCCGGUGGUUAUGAUCCGCCGUAGCACAGCCCUUGACCUCGAGGUCCGCAGCCCAGCAUCCCCGGAGGCGAGGUUGAAGAUUGAGGCCAACAUGUUCCGUUUCCGUACGGCAACCCAGGACGAGGCUAAGGAACUCUACGAGGCGGUACACAUCAGCCGCUUGAACAAUGCUAGGUACAUUCAACUCAGCGAGGAGGCACGCGUGCGGUCGUUCGGGCAGAUGCAGGCGGCGCCCGGCGAAGGCAGCGCAGACGGUGAUGGCUCCAGCCGUCGACGGAGCUGGUUCGGCCGCAAGAACAGCUACCGCGCAUCGACCCGCGCCCCCAGCGUCUCGCAGGGCAGCGUUUCCACCACGAUAUCGGCGGCCAGCUUUCUCAGACGCCUGAUGGGCGGCGGCGACAACACGUCGUACAACAUUGACGAAUCCACGCUCGACAAACAACGACCAGCCUCGGCAGCUCCCGGCGGCGGCAGCCUCUACACGUCGAGCUCCGCCUCGGGCUCGGGCUCCUCGACGCCGCCGCGCAGCGCAUCGGUCUCCCUCUCGGGGUCAGGCAGCCACAGCCAGAGCCGGUGGAGCUAUGGGCUCGCGAAGCCCUUCUCGCCGGACCAGCCGCUCGAGAUCCGGUGCCACCUCAACGUGCAGAACAACCGGUGGCUUGACAAGGGCAACUGCGUGCUGCACAUCAGCCGGCCGCCGCCGGGCGUCCGGCAGGAGCUGCCGAUCUACCACGGGCUGGAGAAGCGCGUCAUCGUCACGCACGCGACGAAGAGGAGCGGCGACCGGCCGCUCAUCCUGCUGGAUGCCGUGCUGGGGUCCAAGUGCUUCAGCAUGCUGGGCACGAAGGGGAUCAUGUGCAGCGUGUGGGAGAACCUGCGGGACGAGGAGGGCAAUGUCGGGGUCGUGCCGCGGCACGGCGUGGUGGGCGGGAAGGUCACCAAGUGGUGUUUCCAGUGCAAGAGUGUGCAGCAGGCGGGGUGGAUUAUGAAGCUGCUCACGUCGGAGGUGCCGGGGCUGAUGAUGGGUUAAGGGAC